AUGUCGUCAUAUUUGUGGGCAUUGCUCUCAGAGACCCAGCAUGAUGCGAUCCGCAUAAGUAUUGGGAAAAUUGUACAAAGAGCUGCUGAAUUUUGGCUCCCAAUCCAGCGAGCUCAGUUGAGAUAUGAAACAGCAUUCGAUUUAGUCGAUUUCGAGGAUGACGAUUGGGAGCCCUUCCGCUUCCCCGGGGAUAAUGCGAUCCCAAAUAGGCAGGAUCAAGUUGUUCGAGACGCGAACAUUCUCACCGUUUUCCCCUGUAUCUCUCUAGUCAAGGACGGCGAUCGUGAUCCUUUGACUCAAAUUGUCCAGUUGAGGAGCACACAGAAGCUGUGUAUGGAAGCAGUGUAUGAAGCUAGUCAAAUGUCAACUAGCUUCGUCGUCCCCAGGAGGUCAUCGACCCGCUCUAGACGGAAAUCUAUCGCUCAGAACACUGAUCGACCAAACGGUGCCUCUUUUUUAGAAGGAAAAUCGCCAAAGCCUUGA